AUGGCAGCUCCAAGCCAAUCCCAGCGCAAUCAGCCUCUGGGACUACCUCUGAGUGUUGAGUUGUAUCAAAUACAUUUUAAGAUAAGUGGACCUUCUGUGGGCUUUAGAAAUCUUUUAGCUUUUGCCAUAGGGGAAUGGCAACUGAAAUGGGAGUUGCUCUAUAAGCACCAGCGGCCAUUGGUGACGCACGCCGGGGAGCACGGCGCCCACGUUUCCACCAUUACAUUAGCGAGGCCCCACACCCUGCGCUCUAAGUUCGGGGCUGCGGGCGUCCUUGCUUCCUCCCUCCCGGAGGCGGGCCCGACCCCGCCCCCGCGCCCCGGAUCGCUCCCGGCGGUCCCUCCCACCUCCUACCCUCUGCCUCCCCGGCGCGGCGCACUCCCCGCCGGCCGCAGGCUGACACGCCGCACGGCCCCCCAGUCUCCCGUGGCCGCCUCCCCCAGGCAUGGCACAGGGCCUCGCCUCACUAUGGCAGCAGCACGGCACAGCACGCUCGACUUCAUGCUCGGAGCCAAAGCUGACGGUGAGAGCAUUCUAAAAGGCCUCCAGUCCAUUUUCCAGGAGCAAGGGAUGACGGAGUCGGUGCACACCUGGCAAGACCAUGGUUAUUUAGCGACCUACAUAAACAAAAAUGGCAGUUUUGCCAAUUUGAGAAUAUACCCACAUGGACUGGUGUUAUUGGACCUUCAGAGUUAUGAUGGCGAGUCCCAAGGCCAAGAAGUUGACCGUCUUCUGAACAAAAUAGAAGAAAGAAUGAAAGAAUUGAGUCAGGACAGUACUGGGCGGGUGAAGCGGUAAGUUCGCUCCUGAAUGU